AUGCCGCUUAGUGCCGCAGAGAAACAAAAGCGUUAUAGGGAAAGGCUUAAAACUGAUAGAGAAAAAUACGAAAAAGCUAAGCAAAAGCAAAGGGAAAGAUAUCAUAAAACUAAAAGAUUAGUCAAAGAUUUAACACCAAAAGAACGGUAUAAUGCAAACGUGAUAUGGAAACUAAGGAAAAGGCAGUUGAAGGCACGAAAGAAAGCUGCAGAAGGUUUAUUACAACAGACACCUCCAGAUUCGCCUACAUUCGAUUUAAAUACCUUUACCAGGUCUUCGAAAUACAUACGCUGUUCUCCACGGUUAAUACCACGAUCUGGCAAGGAAAUCCCACGAAAUGCGCCUGUGACAAAUACCACUCCUACAACUACACCGGUCGCUUCGCCUCAAGCCACUCCACCGCUAACGCCAAGAAUACGUUCGUGUGACUCUUCACCAUCUGGGACCCCAAAAAAUAGACGCAAAAAUAAAGUUAAAAGGGACAGGGCACGCGUACAUAGAGAAAACCAAAUACUUAAGCAAAAUAUUAAAAAGUUGAAACAAAAAUAUGACAAGUACAAAAAAAGGUUUGAAAGAGAAAAGAAAAAAAAGGCUCUUGACACUGAGAAAAAUGAAGACUUACGGUACAAGGUCCUGAGUGGAGCUAUUAAGAAGACAUUUAAACAAACAAAAUCGAGGAAAGAACGAGAGGUGAUUAAGAAAAUUUUUUCAACUGUGGAAGUCAUAGACUCACGAAUGAAGAAAAAGAUGCUUAUGAAUAAUUUAGGAAUCGACAAAAUAGUAAAAAGGAAAUUCUGCAUUGAGAAUGAAACUGUGUUAAAGAGACGAAUUAAAGAUUUUUAUUUGAGAGAUGAUGUUUCACGAGCUACAGCCGGCAAAAAAGAAACUGUCACAAAAGCACAGGUGAAGGUUCAAAAAAGAUUUAUGUUGGAUUCUAUGAAAAAUUUAUAUAAAGCAUUUAUUAAAGAGAACCCUGACCUUCGUUGUUCAUAUUUUUAUUUUACAAGAAAUAAGCCAUUUUAUGUGGUUAGUGCUUCUGUUGAUGGUCGAAAUACGUGUCUAUGCAAGAUACACACAAACUUUGCCUACAAAGCUAAUGUUUUGAAAAAGAAAGGUAUAACAGGUACUGACAACUUAAAUAUUCUUAUUGAGUCGACUGUUUGUAAUGUGAAGUCAAAAAAUUGUAUGUAUGGUAUAUGUGAUCUAUGUGCUAAUAAACAAUAUGAAUAUUUCCGAAAGAAUAUAAGAGGUACUAUCACAUGGCCAGAAUGGAUAAGAAAAGAAGAUAGAUACAAGAAAGACGAAAAAUUAUUAAAAACUAUAAAAAAUGUUAAAGAAUAUAAAAAUGAGGAGGCUGAAGCAUUUGUCAAAAUAUUCGAGAAUGAUCUAAAGGCGUUUAAAAUACAUGUAUUUAAUAUUAAGACACAAUUUCAAAGUUUCCGCCACUGUCUUGAUAAUAUACGUCCAUAUGAAUGCAUUUUGGUCGCCGAUUUCAGUGAAAAUUACAACUGCAAACAUAGCCAAGAAGUACAAUCCCACCAUUUUGGAGGGUCGCGUAAACAAAUUUCUCUUCAUACUGUUGUAGUGUAUACAUUUAACAAAAACUCUGCAAAAGGUUAUGAAGUUAAUUCAUUUUGUACUAUUUCCGAAUCCAACAACCAUCAGCCUGCAGCGAUUUGGUGCCACUUAGAUCCAAUUUUGAAAAGUAUAAGGUCUAAUUUUGCAGAUAUCAACACAGUCCAUUUCUACUCGGAUGGCCCAAGCACCCAGUACCGGCAAAAGCAAAAUUUUUAUUUAAUGUGUACAAGGUUUUUUGAUUACGGGUUUGUUAAUAUGACAUGGUCAUUUUUUGAAGCUGGCCACGGAAAAGGGCCAGCUGAUGGAAUAGGAGGAUUUCUCAAAAGAACGGCGGACAAAAUCGUAGCUAAUGUUCUUUUUGAUGCAAAUAAGAAUGAACUUCUUCCAGACCUGACUAAUGAAGAUGCUCUGCCAGAAGCUUUAGAAGCACACAUGAUUGAUGUCAUGGCUUCUGAUACUUUGACUUUAGAUUUGGAAAUUAUAUCUGAUGACGACACACCAUUAGCAUCUUUAAAAAUUACCAAACAGUUACAGGAAUUGACCAAUAGACGCCAAAAUAUAUACAGUAAAAUUUAUAAUUCUGAAUCAGAUAAAAGCUAUUCAUCUGAUAAAGAACCUAGUGCCAGCUAUGACAUUAAUGCAAAGAUAGGACGCGGUGACUUUCUAUUAGUUAAAUUGUAUGUAGAUGCAUCUAAAACUAAAUCCUACACCUAUGCUUGCAAAACAUUAACAGAAAUUGAGGACGACGGAGAAAUACAAGUAAUGUUUUUACGAGUGGUAGAUGAAAACGCCAAACGUUUCCGUUUGGAUAAAAAGGAUAUUUCAUACGUUAAUCAUGAAAAUAUUGUCAAAAAAUUACCUGUACCUGCACUUGUUAAGAAAGGUUGUCGCUCUUAUUAUGUUUUUAAAGAGUCGUUAGAAGUUUUUGAGAAGAUAUAA